CCGGGCCGUCGAAGGGCGCAGUAGGCGGGUGGGCCGGGCCGGGCCGCGCGGCGCAGCCAUGCCUGGCUUUACGUGCUGUGUGCCGGGCUGCUACAACAAUUCGCACCGGGACAAGGCGCUGCACUUCUACACAUUUCCCAAGGACGCUGAGUUGCGGCGCCUUUGGCUCAAGAACGUGUCCCGGGCCGGCGUCAGUGGGUGCUUCUCCACCUUCCAGCCCACCACGGGGCAUCGUCUCUGCAGCGUUCACUUCCAGGGCGGCCGUAAGACCUACACGGUGCGCGUCCCCACCAUCUUCCCGCUGCGUGGCGUCAACGAGCGCAAAGUAGCGCGUCGACGCGCGGGAGCUGCGGAGGGGCGCACCGCGCCGUCCGCCUCCACUGCCCAGAGCGCCCAGCUGCAGCCGAACCUGGUGUCUGCCUCUGCGGCUGUGCUUCUUACCCUUCAGGCCGCUGUAGACAGCAGCCAAGCUCCAGGAUCCGUGCCGCCAGCGCCCACCACUCCCACUGGAGAAGAUGUAAAGCCCAUCGACCUUACAGUGCAAGUGGAGUUCGCAGCCGCAGAGGGCGCAGCUGCUGCGGCCGCCGCGUCGGAGUUAGAGGCUGCUACGGCAGGGCUGGAGGCCGCUGAGUGUCCUAUGGGCCCCCAGCUGGUGGUGGUAGGGGAAGAGGGCUUCCCUGACACUGGCUCCGACCACUCGUACUCGUUGUCGUCAGGCACCACAGAGGAGGAGCUCCUUCGCAAGUUGAAUGAGCAGCGGGACAUCCUGGCCCUGAUGGAAGUGAAGAUGAAAGAAAUGAAGGGCAGCAUUCGCCACCUGCGUCUCACCGAGGCCAAAUUGCGUGAAGAACUGCGUGAGAAGGAUCGCCUGCUUGCCAUGGCUGUCAUCCGCAAGAAGCAUGGAAUGUGAAUGAGUACCCCUACCGGGCCAUGGGACUCUCAGACCCCUUUCAACCCAGAGAGACUUCAGGCCACUGUUGAACUAACUCCCUUAUACUCCUGGGGCACUGGUUGACAGUUCUGAGGCUUAAGGCAGCUGGACUAAUUUGCUGGUGAUCUGGCACCCUCACCGUUUCCUCCUGAAGCAGGGGUCUGAGACUUAAGACUGCACUGGUGACACCAGCAAUUAUGACUUUGUCUCUCCUCCCUCCCCAGUUUAUGUUGCAGAUUCUGGUUAAGCAGAGGCUUCAGAACCACUGAACUUGAAACACACCCCCAGGGAUUCAGGUGGGAUGCCCAAGACUAUGGGUUUGGGAAAACCACACUUAAGGUUGGUCAGCAGUCAGAGAACUCUGUGUAGUGAUAAGAGAUCCAAGUCACUUUAGUCCUCCUCUUCAUGCUUUUCCUUUCCAGGUGCAGCCUGCGAUUUUGAUGGGGACUGAUAGAUCUGUGCCUCUGCCUCUUAUGACCUCCCUCCCCAGGAGGCCAUUUAUGAGGGGAUCUGGGUGAUGGAGAUCCAGCUUGCCAGGGACUUAGGUUUAUCUCGUUAUGUUUGCUACUGGUUACAAAUUCUAUUUUCUGUACAAUUAGUCAGACUAAAGUUUUCACUGUGUUUGUUUGGCAAAACAAAUUAAACAAAAAAGUAAGGUUUGUA